AUGCCAUCACAAGAAUCCCAAGAGGAGAUAAAGAGAGACACAGAGCAGUGGAGAUGGUCUGAAAUGCAAGGUCUUGAACUUGUAUCUGAAAACCCAAAUCCAAAUCCAAAUCUAAAUCCACCAUUCAGCUCAGACCCACACACUGAAGAAGACAGAGAAGCUCAAAAGACAAGAUUGGGAAUGGAAGCUGAGGGGCAAAAUAGUAAAAUCGAUGGUGGAGGAGAGAAAGAGAAGAAGAAGGAGGAGAAAGGCAGCAGUAAUCCGGCAGUUGGGUUUGGAGAGUUGUUUAGAUUUGCAGAUGGAUUAGAUUACGUAUUGAUGGGAAUUGGAACAAUUGGUGCUUUUGUUCAUGGCUGUUCUUUGCCUAUUUUCCUCAGAUUUUUUGCUGAUCUUGUUAAUUCAUUUGGUUCCAAUGCCAAUAACAUUGAUAAAAUGUCUCAAGAAGUCUUAAAGUAUGCAUUCUACUUUCUUGUGGUUGGAGCUGCAAUAUGGGCAUCUUCAUGGGCAGAGAUAUCAUGUUGGAUGUGGACAGGAGAGAGGCAAUCAACAAAAAUGAGGAUCAAAUACUUAGAAGCAGCACUGAGCCAAGACAUUCAGUUCUUUGACACUGAAGUCAGAACUUCAGAUGUUGUCUUUGCUAUCAACACAGAUGCUGUUAAUGUCCAAGAUGCCAUUAGUGAGAAGCUGGGGAAUUUUAUACACUAUAUGGCAACAUUUGUGUCUGGAUUUUUGGUGGGAUUUACAGCAGUUUGGCAAUUGGCACUGGUAACACUAGCUGUGGUGCCUUUAAUUGCAGUAAUUGGAGGUAUUCACACCACCACAUUAUCCAAACUUUCUUCUAAAAGUCAAGAAGCUCUUUCAGAAGCUGGAAACAUUGCUGAGCAGACGAUUGUACAAAUUCGGACCGUUUUGGCAUAUGUGGGUGAAUCAAGAGCAUUACAAGCCUAUUCUUCCGCAUUAAAGAUCUCACAAAAACUUGGAUACAAAAGUGGAUUUUCUAAAGGAUUUGGAUUAGGAGCAACAUAUUUCACCGUCUUUUGUUGCUACGCACUUCUUCUAUGGUAUGGAGGCUAUCUUGUUCGCCACCAUCACACCAAUGGCGGACUAGCCAUUGCCACCAUGUUCUCCGUCAUGAUUGGUGGAUUAGCUUUAGGGCAAUCUGCCCCAAGUAUGUCUGCAUUUGCAAAAGCCCGAGUAGCUGCAGCGAAAAUCUUUCGAAUUAUCGAUCACAAACCAAGCAUAGACAGAAAUGGUGAAGCGGGUUUGGAGUUAGACUCAGUUUCGGGGCUUGUGGAACUCAAAAAUGUCACCUUUUCAUACCCUUCAAGACCAGAUGUUAAAAUUCUCAAUAAUUUUACUUUAAGUGUUCCUGCUGGAAAAACCAUUGCUCUGGUCGGAAGCAGUGGCUCUGGGAAAAGCACAGUGGUUUCCCUCAUUGAAAGAUUUUAUGAUCCCACUUCAGGACAAGUAAUGCUUGAUGGGCAUGACAUUAAAGGACUGAAAUUGAGAUGGUUAAGGCAACAGAUUGGGUUGGUUAGCCAAGAGCCAGCACUGUUUGCUACAACCAUUCAAGAAAACAUACUUUUGGGUCGACCCGACGCAUCCAUGGUCGAGAUCGAGGAAGCGGCUCGUGUUUCCAAUGCUCAUUCAUUCAUCAUCAAAUUACCCGAUGCCUACGAUACUCAGGUAGGGGAAAGGGGGUUACAACUUUCCGGUGGGCAGAAGCAGAGAAUAGCCAUAGCGAGGGCGAUGCUGAAGAAUCCGGCGAUCUUGCUUUUGGAUGAGGCGACGAGUGCUUUGGAUUCUGAAUCUGAGAAGCUGGUUCAAGAGGCUUUGGAUCGGUUCAUGAUCGGGAGGACGACUCUGGUGAUCGCCCACCGUCUCUCCACCAUUCGGAAGGCGGAUCUAGUGGUGGUUCUGCAGCAGGGCGGUGUUUUGGAAAUGGGAACUCACGAUGAUCUUAUCGCAAAGGGCGAAAACGGUACCUACGCCAAGCUCAUUAAGAUGCAAGAAGUUGCCCAUGAAACCGCCAUGAAUAAUGCCAGAAAGAGUAGUGCCAGGCCUUCAAGUGCGAGGAAUUCAGUGAGUUCACCGAUAAUCACUCGGAACUCGUCUUACGGCCGAUCGCCAUACUCAAGGCGGUUAUCGGAUUUCUCGACAUCGGACUUCAGUCUGUCGCUUGAAGGUGGAUACCCUAGUUACCGUCACGAAAAGCUUCCGUUUAAGGAGCAAGCAAGUUCCUUUUGGCGGCUUGCGAAAAUGAACUCGCCUGAAUGGACGUAUGCUUUGAUUGGCUCUGUAGGAUCGGUGGUUUGUGGGUCGCUCAGCGCGUUUUUCGCUUAUGUUCUUAGUGCGGUUCUCAGUGUGUACUACAACCAAGACCAUGCCUACAUGAUCAGAGAAAUCGGGAAAUAUUGUUAUCUGUUGAUCGGGGUCUCAUCGGCUGCGCUCAUUUUCAACACUUUGCAGCACUUUUUCUGGGAUGUGGUGGGAGAAAACUUGACCAAACGGGUUCGAGAGAAAAUGCUGGCGGCAGUUUUGAAGAAUGAGAUGGCAUGGUUCGAUCAGGAGGAGAAUGAGAGCUCGAGAAUUGCAGCUCGGUUGUCUCUAGAUGCUAAUAAUGUUCGGUCAGCGAUUGGGGAUCGGAUUUCGGUGAUUAUGCAGAACUCCGCCCUCAUGUUGGUGGCCUGCACAGCCGGUUUUGUUCUACAGUGGCGGUUGGCGCUUGUUCUUGUCGCUGUUUUCCCGUUGGUGGUUGCAGCCACUGUUUUGCAGAAAAUGUUCAUGCAAGGAUUUUCCGGCGACUUGGAAGGUGCUCAUGCAAAAGCGACACAGUUAGCAGGGGAGGCCGUGGCCAAUAUGAGAACGGUGGCCGCUUUCAACUCGGAGGCAAAGAUCGUGAACCUUUUUACGUUGAGUCUCCAGAAGCCGCUUCGUAGAUGCUUCUGGAAGGGUCAGAUCGCUGGGAGCGGGUUCGGGGUGGCUCAAUUUUUGCUCUAUGCUUCAUAUGCCGUUGGACUUUGGUAUGCUUCAUGGCUAGUUAAGCACGGUAUCUCCGACUUCUCGAAGACGAUUCGGGUGUUCAUGGUUCUCAUGGUCUCAGCAAAUGGUGCAGCCGAGACCCUAACUCUUGCUCCCGAUUUCAUCAAGGGCGGCCGAGCAAUGAAGUCGGUGUUCGAUCUUCUUGACCGGAAAACCGAGAUCGAGCCCGAUGAGCUCGACGCGAUUCCUGUCCCUGACCGUCUCCGCGGUGAAGUGGAACUCAAGCACAUCGACUUUUCUUACCCGUCUCGUCCUGACAUCCCGGUUUUCCGUGACAUCUGUCUACGAGCUCGAGCCGGAAAGACUCUUGCCCUGGUGGGCCCAAGCGGUUGCGGGAAAAGCUCGGUGAUCGCACUGAUACAAAGAUUCUAUGAGCCAUCAUCCGGACGUGUGAUAAUCGAUGGAAAAGAUAUCCGGAAAUACAACCUAAAGUCACUACGCCGCCACAUCGCCGUGGUCCCACAAGAACCGUGCCUCUUCGCCACCACAAUCUAUGAAAACAUCGCGUACGGACACGAGUCGGCAACCGAGGCCGAGAUCACGGAAGCCGCCACCCUCGCAAACGCUCACAAGUUCAUAUCCUCAUUACCAGACGGAUACAAAACGUUCGUAGGGGAAAGAGGCGUGCAGCUCUCCGGAGGGCAAAAACAACGUGUGGCCAUCGCAAGGGCGUUUUUGAGAAAAGCCGAGGUGAUGCUACUAGACGAAGCCACAAGUGCACUUGACGCAGAGUCGGAGAAGUGCAUUCAAGAGGCUCUCGAGCGUAUCUGCUCGGGGAAAACGACGGUUGUCGUUGCACAUAGGCUAUCGACGAUACGCAAUGCUCAUGUGAUUGCGGUGAUCGAUGACGGGAAGGUGGCCGAACAAGGAUCACAUUCGCAUCUGUUGAAGAACCACCCGGAUGGGUGUUACGCAAAAAUGAUACAGUUGCAAAGAUUCUCACACGGCGAGGCCGCAAAUAUGGUGUCGGGGGGUUCGGGUUCGAGUUCUAAACGUCAUAUAGAAGGGUAAUGUGGUAAAAUUGUCACAUUUUAAUCACAAGACAACUUGAUUUUUGAAUAUUUUGGGUUUUUACA